GAGCUGACAUUAGGGCAGAGGAGCUGCUUGAAUAGUCGCUUCUACUGUAAUUGCCCCUACAAUUUCCCUCAUAAGCAGGACAUCCCGGCAGCCCCCCGCUGGUUACUAGGAGAGGAGGGGUCAGGGAGUGCCCAGCUCAUGCCUAUUCAGAAGCGGUUGCAUGGAAGCAGGGGCAGCUCCUGUUGCUUACUGCUCUCCUCCCCAUGGCUGCCGAACUAUGAAACAAGAUGGGCUGGUGUGAUCGCGGGGUGCAGAUGCUACUGGCAACAGUGGGGGCUUUUGCAGCCUUCAGUCUCAUGAGCAUCGCCAUUGGCACGGACUACUGGCUCUAUUCCAGGGCUCACAUUUGCAACGGGACAAACAUUUCCCUGGAUGAGACUCAAGUCCAACCCAAGAAGACUAAAGGGGACCUUACCCACUCCGGGCUCUGGAGGAUCUGCUGUAUAGAAGGUCUGUACAAAGGAAAUUGUUUCCGGAUCAACCAUUUCCCGGAAGAUAAUGAUUAUGACCACGACAGUUCGGAGUAUCUGUUGCGUAUUGUCCGUGCAUCCAGUGUUUUUCCAAUCCUGAGCACCAUCCUCCUGCUAUUGGGUGGCCUUUGUAUUGGGGCUGGGCGUCUCUACAGCAGCAGAAACAACAUUAUCCUCAGUGCUGGGAUCCUGUUUGUAGCAGCUGGCCUCAGCAACAUAAUUGGAAUCAUUGUUUAUAUAUCCAGCAAUGCUGGCGACCCAAGCGACAAGAAAGAUGAAGACAAAAAGAACCAGUACAACUAUGGGUGGUCCUUCUAUUUCGGGGCUUUGUCUUUUAUUGUGGCUGAGACUAUUGGAGUUCUGGCUGUUAAUAUUUACAUUGAGAGAAACAAGGAGUUGAGGUUUAGAUCCAAACGGGAGUUUCUGAAGUCCUCUUCCUUGUCCCCAUAUGCUAGAAUGCCAAGCUACAGAUACCGCCGGAGGAGGUCAAGAUCCAGUUCCCACUCUACAGAGCCAUCACCAUCCCGGGAGAUGUCUCCAAUUAGCAUGAAGAUAGCUGGCACCCUCCCCAUGGGCGAAAUAUCCAUGUACACUCUUACUAGGGAACCUCUAAAAAUCACAACAGCUGCCAGCUUCAACUCCGAUUCUGAUGCCAGUUUCCUCCAGGUCCAUAACUGCUUCCACAAUGAGCUGAAGGAAGGCAUUAACAUCAGUGUGGUUAACAGAAGGACGACCCCUGUUUAAGCCCAGUUGGAAAUAUAACGGAAUAGCAGCGGGGGGCUGUACUUUUCCUGUUUUGUGCCACAAGUAAAUUACACCGUUUAGUAUCUGACUCCAUGUAUAAGUGAGCCCCCCGAUGGUAUCGGAGCAUGGAGUUGAGCUCCCACUGCCCACCAUUCAUUUGGGGCAGAAAACAAUAUCAGAUGCAUCUCAGUAAAUGAUUCCUGAUUAUUUCUUGUCAGGUAUUCUUUGAGUUUUCUUGACCCAACAAGGGAAUCACAGUGCCCCUUAGCCAUUUUGGAUUGAUACAGGAAUGCUGAUUGUCAGACAUUUCCCAAAUUCAUACUUUUUUUUUACCACCAAAUAAAGCCAUGUUGUAUUUGUGAAGCCAAACUCAUACAACUCAUCCACCCUAGGGACAGACUUGCAAGGAUUUUAUAGCAGUUACACUGGCGCUUACACGGGGGUAGGGGGUUAGGGAAAUAAUAAAUUGUGUAUGUUGUUUGGGAAAGCCCCCUCUCAUCUUAUCCCUUAUCCCACAUUUUUAUAGAGGUGUGAUUGUUGCAGUUCUAUCUACAGGACCCUGGACAAAAAAACAACCUUCUUGAAAAUGUGGGGGUUGGAGUUGUCAUUGUUUAUGCUUACAGGACAUUGACAGCUCUUUUUAGUGCAUAUUUACUGUAUUUGUUUCGUAUGGCUGUUGUAGGAGCCUCUUAGUACAGCAGCCCUAUGAAAAGUUCUAUAGACUAGCAAGUAACGCAGUGUUUGAGUUGGUAGCCAGUGCUUGCCCUUCCUCACGAGGCCACUGUACAUUUCCAGAUAUGCAGGUGCUGGGUGGGGGGAGACUUUAUCAUUAUAUGUUAGGGAUGCACCGAAUCAAGGAUUCGGUUCGGGAUUCAGCCAGGAUUCGGCCUUUUUCAGCAGGAUUCGGAUUCGGCCGAAUACUUCUGCCUGGCCGAACCGAAUGCUAAU